GGAGAAGCGGGAACAAAGAUGGACGAACGCAUACUUUCGAGGUUUAGGAUUAAAGUCUUGGUGCUCUAACUAUUCUGCGUUAACUAAGGUAAUGAAUCGCUUUUUUCCUCUUUUGUGUCUGUUUGUCAUAACUUAGUUAAUUUAGGUGUAUUUUAGACGUGGAUCGAUCAUCGUAAGAUCUUUUGAUUUUCGAUGGCCACUGUCUCUGUCAGUGCUUGCUGCAUGCACAGUGCUUUGCACUUUUUGCGUGAAAUAGUUAGUCUGCCGUUGCAUUAGAUUAUUUAUUAAAAUUGUUUUCCGCCAUCGGGUACUUGAUCAACUUUGAAACAUUUGUGUUUAGAUAACUCCCAGCACAGUUAAGCCACAACCAUAAGAAAAUAAGUUAGAGAAAUAUUAAAUACGUUUUCAUUCACACUUUUGUCAUUCGCUAAUAAACUCUCAAAGUUAAUUUCAACGGUGUGGAAGAGCUAAUUGUUGUAUUUCAGCCAAUGGCAAGUAUUUUCCAAUCUAAGCGUGAUAUAUAUCCUAUAUUCAAGUACAUUUUGUGAUCCAAGCACAAGUAAAAACAGAGGCAGUUAAUCUUUUAAACUGUAUAGAAAUGUAGUGAUCAGAGGAAUGGAAAGUGACUGUUACAUCUGGGUUGGUAAAAAGUUGUUCAUCUGUUUAACAAGUAGAUUCCAUGUUGCUACAUACGUCUGUUCAGUAAUAGAUCACUGGUGGCGCAAAAUGUGUCACUGAUGUUUAACCACAUUUUGAUAUCUUUUAUAAUCUAUUAUUGAACAGACGCAUGCCGACAUGGAAUCUAUUUGUUUUAUAUGUUGAACAGAAAAGGAAAAACAACAAACUUGCCUCAUAUGGACUGACUGUUCGAGGAUUCUCUGCCAGUUUGAGCUUUUUCCAUGUCACAAACUGCUACGUUUCAUUGCUGCUUCUUGUUUUUCUCUUUUAUCUUAUUUGUAGACAGUUUCUCCCAAACAUUUUUAAUGUAUGCUAAUGAAGUUGAAACAAAGGAAAAGUAAAAAAUUACCUGGGAUGAAAAAUUAACUACAACAUUUAAGUUGUAAUUUAAUUUUAUCCUUGACUCACUUUUUUUAUUUUUCUGUGUUUCAAACUCAUUAUCAUACAUUACCAUACCUAAAAAUAAAUUUGACCUGUAACAGUAUAUGUUGUGGUUCAAUUUUAUCCUUGGUUUAAAUUCUAUUUCCCUUUAAAUUCAUUAAAUUCAUUAACAUAUAUUAGCAUACCUCAAAACAAAGGCAAAUAAAAUUUGAACCAAGGAUAAAAUUGAACAACAAAAUACAUUUAUAUACCACAGUAAGACAGUAAAUGUUUUUCUUUUUUUUAACAGAUAGUCAAAAAUGUCUUCUUCAAGUCCUGCUUCUGUGACAUCUCCCCAAGAGUCUGGGCCAACAAACAUUGUCAAGAUGUUUACUACAUAUACUAACAUCUUAACAGAGGCCUCUAUGCGUGAGUACAGAGGGUGAAGGGGGCAAAGGUGUGGAUACGGGAGUGGGAUAGGAGGUAGGGGGUUGGGGGGGGGGUAAAACUAGCACCUAUCAAACCUAGUCAUCAGUUUUCUGAGAGGGUAGAGGGCAAAUCUACAUGUAUAUUUUCUUCAUUAAAUAUUUAACAAUUAUUCCAUGAAUGCGCAUUGGAUAUGAGUUGGCUAUAAACAUCUUAUAUCCAACAAGCGUAAGUGGAAUAAUUUAUUGUUUUAUUAAAAACGCCUUCAAAAUAUCAAGAAUUAUUCCUGACUUUAUUUGUAUAAACAACUGACUUUCAGCUUGUUUUUAAUUUUGAGCAGAUGCACACAGUUACCAUAUUUGGAGAACAUGGUAUGAUGGCUCAUAUACCAUGAUGGCUAAGCCAAUCAGAGCUCUAGAAUUGCAUUAUCCAAUGAUUCAGUUUUUAAUGACGACUGUUAUUGUAUUUCACUUGCACACAUCAGUCCUUGAUUUAGGUUUCCAGCUCACACUUUGCUUCCCCUUCUUGUAAAAAAAUUGUCCACUUCUUUGCCUUUAGCUGAAGAUAAAAAGUUAAAAGCUGCCCAAGAAAUCAGUGAAAACUUUGAGGUUUGUAAACCUUUGUAGGUUUAAUUUGUGGAACAUGUAUUUGACAGUCUCAUUAAUUAGAACAAGAUGAUUUAACAGUUUUUGCUCCGUGAUCCUUCACAGAGCUUCUUACUGGUCUUUAUGGCAUCAGCUAAAAGUACAUGUACUUUAAAUAAUUGUGCAACGUCGAUACAUGGAACUAUUGAUGCACUUCAAUCAUAAGUGUUUUUAUAGCAAUGCAUUGAUUACAAAUUUAAUAUCAUGAUUGUUUUGUUCAUUAUGAAUGGUUAUGAUAGUUUUCAAUUAACAUCUUGUUGUUCCUGGGUACUUUUAUAGGAAACCAAAGAGAAAAUAAAAAACAAAAGACUUCCUAGCUGUUUAAUUUCCUGUCUGUACUAGCUGCAUAUAACCACUUACCUGAAAUCUUAGUGGCAGUCCUGUACACUUUCUCUUAAAAGGAGAAAUGUCCUUCUAAGACACCAUCUUGGUAGGACAAAACAAAAUUUUGGUUGGACAUCACCGAUUAAAAGGUUGAACUUAAUAUCCAAGUUAAAAUUACUGAGCUAUUACAUCCUCACGAUCAAAGCUUGUACAGAUAAACUACUGAAUGGCGGUGUUAACCCUUAUGAAACAGGCCGUUUAAUUUUUGGGCAGAAACUUUUGUCAUGUAAUGAAUAAUGCAAUUUUAUCUUCAGACGCAUUCUGACUACUACUCUGUAACUUGGGUGGUAGUCUUUCUAAAGGGAAGGGAAACAGGAUUUUGCCAGCACAAAAAGUGCAAGGGGACAUGUACACACUAUGUUGAAAAAAAUUUCCAGACAUGAAGUGCAAACAUAGCUGGAAUUUUAUUGGACACUUGCAAAUUUUGGUCUGGCAAUGUCUGAUACUGACUGUUAUUUGCAGUCCUGGCACUGGCGCACAGUUUUUCAUUAUUUAAAAUUUUUGUUUCCACAGAGUAUUGUACAGUCAUCAAGUUAUUCAGCAUUCCUUGAACACUCAAUACCAAGAUUUUUACAAUACCUUAGGGAAGGUAAGAAGAACAACAUGAAUUGAAAUAACUUUAUGAAAUGAUUCAAAUUUUGAACUGCUGAUAAAGAUAUAAAAGUGAACAUGAUCCUCUUAGUUGAAUGAACAACCUAAGCAGUUGAAAAAGAACCUGAAAAAUUCAUGCUUGAAUUUUUUUACAUGCAGAUGUUACGGGUCAAAAGAAAAUUCAUGUUAAAAUUUUUAACUUGUAACAUAGACCUAAUUUUGUACCCGUAGCCAGGUACAUGUAAUAGCAAGGCAGUCAGCCUCUGUAGAAACAUUGUUAAUAGUCAUUACUUACAAGUUGUCUGUUUUUCGUUGAGAGAGGAUUAACUUCUGACAUGUAGCACUAAAAUUAAAUCUUAUUCGUUUUAUUGCUGUAAAGGGAGCAGUGACAUGAAUUGCAGCUAAAAAUAAAAAAAAUAUAUUUAGUGUUAAUCUUAUUAUACUUCUUAAUUCAGGAGAACCACAGUUUGUUGCAGAAGUUCCAGCACAGGUAUGGUAACGUGAACACCAAACUACAGCAACUAAACUAUACCAUCUACACUAAACUAACAGCAACUUCCCCAACUACAGCAACUACAACAACUCCACCAAAUUAAACUUUCCCAACUACACCAAGUUACAGUUGAAUGUUUCCACAAUGGCCACCUUGGGGACUGGAGAAAGUGGCCAUUAUAAAGAGGCAGCCAUUGUAGAGAAGUUUAAACCAGAGUUGAUGUAUGGACUGUUUGCCAGCCGGGACAAAAAAAAUUGACCGUUGUGGAGAGAUGGCCAUCAAUGGAGGCUCCACUGUACUUUAAACUACAGCAACUAAAACUACAACUGAACACCAAACACAAGCAAUUAUGUUAACUUAAUAUUGUUCCUCUAAAAUGACAAGACAUAAAUAAUUUAUGAUGAUAUUCGUCUGUACUCUGGUAAUCUUGGAUCUAUUACCAAAUUUCCCCAUGAAUAAUAAUUAUUUAUUAUAAAAUUAUUGCUUUUUUUAUCCUUCUUUAUUUUUUCUUUUUUAGCAACUGAGAAAACUAUUGCUUGAGAUUCUUCAUCGUAUUCCUACUAAUGAUCACUUGAGACCUCACUUCCAGGUAAGUAUGGAGUUCUAAUAAAGUAAAAAAAAACUUACAUGUAAAUAUUUGAAAUUGGGAUAGUUUGAUAGUUUAAAAGAACAACAUCUGAAACGUGUACUUGCCAAAAACUAGCGUUGUGGGGCAAAUUGUCUAGCCAGUACUAGUCCUGUUUUGCUCUGAUGACUCCAUACAAAUCCUUCUAAAUUUGACUUGGUUCCCAAUGUUAUGAACUGAGUCAUCAAAGAAUAACUGGGCUAAUAUCUCAAAGGCAAUCUGCCCAGGAAUGCUAAUUUUUGGCAAGUAGGCCUUUUGGAUGUUGUACUUUCAUAUUACCCCCCAAAAUCCCAUAAUUUUCACAAAUUCAGGACUCUACAAAUGUUGCUUGUCUGUGUGGCAAUUUUGAACCAUUGCUUAAGGAGAAAACUUACUAAUUUCAAGGAUGAGAAAUAACAGACUUAUACAUCCCUGUUUCUUUUUUUUAUAGUCCAUACUUUCUCUGAUGUUUUAUCUGCUUGAGGUAAGCAGUACAGUGUACGUGCAUGUAUGUUUAUAACAGAACUUAACGCGUGAUCGUGCUUUAAUAUACAAAAACUAUUCCUCUGAAUAAUAGUAAUGUAAAAUGAUCCAAUUCAAAGUACUGUAAUGAAUUUAGAAAUGGGGCAGUUUUCCCCAUCUACUUUAUUUGAACUUUAUUACAUGUAGCUAUCUGUUUGAAUUAUACAAUGUAUGUAAGCUCCUGCAAAAAUUUAACAGUUACUGAAGUACAAUGUAAGACUACAAGGGAAAGAAUUCCUUCUUCUAGCUACACUGUAAUGCUACUGUACAUGUACAUCCAGGUGCAACAAAAAUUAAUGUUGAGUCACUCUUGAUGUCACUGUAGCAUGUCGCGCGCGAUCAUGAAGGCUUUUAUUCUCGAACAUCCUAUCAACCAAUUGUUGACCGAAAAGUAUUUUAAGUGCCUCAGAACAAAGAAUGCCAUGAAUCAAGGCUGCCCUUACCACUACGGUCAAUUUAGUAACACAAGUCAUGGAAGUCACAUACUUUUCUUGCUGGUCAAGAAAGUCUAGAAUUAAGACUGAAACCCCUGAAAAAAUUGUUACCUGCAGUGCUUUGAAAUGUACCAGUAAGCAUUUAAAUUAAGUAAUCAGAGUGAAUAGCUGUGGAUCAUACUCUCUCUUUUUUCUGUAUUUACUUCCUUUUCUUGUGAGCAUCGGCUUGGAUCACAACUUGCGUACUUUUGAAACAACUUAUUUGAUUUUAGUAACACUUCAAGUGGUUGCAUGGGUAAGAAGUGUUGCUUCAAGCGGUAAAUUGUACUGGUUACCGCCUGAUAAGAAGAACACUGGAAAAAACGGGAGGGGAGGAUCACAUGCUAAAGAUAAUGGACUGGUCAUUUACGGCAAGUAGCCCAAAAGUGUGACCUCAUUUAAUUGAUUCACAUAAGGAAUUAAACAAUCAGAACUCGAGGACAGUUGCCAGCUGGACCUGAUUGGAUUAAAUCUGCACGAAAGAAUGUGAAUAAAUUAAAAGCAGUCAGACUUUUGGGCUCUGUACUGAAAGUCGAAACACGGUACAUGGUCUCAACUAUUUUUGCAUCUGGUUGUACAUGUAGCCUUGCCUUGCUUUGCACCCCUAUUUUCUAUUAAAAAUAUUUUGGUUAAUUCUUUUUCACUUCAUUAGAUUGAAAAUGAAGAGAACGUGUUAGUUUGUUUAAGAAUCAUUAUUGAGCUUCACAAGCAGUUCAGACCACCACUGCAGUCUGAGGUACAGUAUAGUAUUAUGUCAAAUAAUUCUUACAUAAUCGUGAACAUAAGUACCAUUUUAUAAUAAGUAGUCGUCUCACGAUGUAUUUCCCUGUUGAACAGUGUUUUAUUAUCAUUAUCAAAUUUGUUAAGAAUAUUUUUGUGGUCAAUUAUUAUUAUCGUUCAUAUUCAUUUGCAACAGAAAGAACAGAAGGGAAAAAAUUGGUAGUAACAACCAUGAGUGAUGGUUGCGGUAAAAAGCUGCUUUGAUCUUAAACUGGAUUCUUUCAUGGACUCUUCUCUCUGCUGUUGUUCAAACCAGAUGUGGGUGAUCAAUAAGAACCUCAUGACCCUUUUUUCUCAAAGCACUAGGACCGUAAAACAAUCUUAAAUGCAGUAUAAUUGGUGAAUCAUUUAAUUUUGAAGCAGUUCUUACAAGCCAGCUAUUUUACAAUGUAUAUCACUAAACUUUGUCUUCUACACAGUAGUUUAACGUGUAUCCGAGUUAUGCAAGUUAAAAACAGCUUUGUUUUGUACAGCUGGAGGGGAUAAGUAUCCACUAAUAUAUUAUUAUUAUUAUUAUUAUUAUUAUCUUUACAGAUACAGCAUUUUCUACAAUUUGUGAAGACAAUUUACAAAGAUUUACCAACAAAUGUGGUAUGAUGAUCUACACAUUCAAGUACUCCAUGUUUACAAGACAGUGUGAUUGGAAAUCUGUUUUCGGUGUUUUCUAAACCAACAAAAUAAACAGCAAAAUGAAGCAGUCUUUCUUCUUUAUUUUUUAGAAACAAUUCUUUGAAGUUGUGCCAAUAUCAGCCACUGGGUUUUUACCAGCUGAGAACAAUGCUGGUGCCACCACUCCCACCAUCACUAACCCUGGGUUAAGCACUGGAGCCGCAUCUACCACCUCGCCCCUGAAUACUGGAGAUGUGGGAAGCGGAAAAAGUUCUCAACAGGUUUGUAUGUUCGGCAUGAUGAUAUUUUUUAUAGUUUUAUCACAGAUGGGUAAAAAUGAUUAUUUAUGUAUGCUAGAGGAUAUUUAUUUAUUUUUGUGGUGUUGUGUUUGCCUUUUUCAGACCACAAUUCCCAAGGCAGUAAACUCACUGAANCCAAUAUCAGCCACUGGGUUUUUACCAGCUGAGAACAAUGCUGGUGCCACCACUCCCACCAUCACUAACCCUGGGUUAAGCACUGGAGCCGCAUCUACCACCUCGCCCCUGAAUACUGGAGAUGUGGGAAGCGGAAAAAGUUCUCAACAGGUUUGUAUGUUCGGCAUGAUGAUAUUUUUUAUAGUUUUAUCACAGAUGGGUAAAAAUGAUUAUUUAUGUAUGCUAGAGGAUAUUUAUUUAUUUUUGUGGUGUUGUGUUUGCCUUUUUCAGACCACAAUUCCCAAGGCAGUAAACUCACUGAAAGUCUUGGCUGAGUUACCAAUCAUCGUGGUUUUAAUGUAUCAGGUAAGUAAUAAAUCACCUUUGGACUUAUUUGAAAGACUUUUAUGGUCAUCCUGCUGGCCACAGGUAUUUUCCAGGCAGUAACUACACUCUUCUUGUAGCUCCGAUAAUAAACAAUAAUUGUUGAUUAUUUUUAAUUGUUUAUUAUUGGAUGACGUUUUUGUGAUUAGAUAUCCAGAAUAAUCAAGGUGGUGGGAAGUGUUAUCAGCUGAGCUGAGGCUGAUAACACUUAUUGGGAUGUUGAUUAUCUAGGAUAUCACAAAAACUGAAUCUGUCAAUUGUUUUAUUGUACAUUGUUUUGAAGAAAAUAACAUCAAACACACUGUCAAUAUGACGUUGCUCUCAGAAAUAAUAAUUUGUGUAUGCAAUCUACAGAUUAUUCACUUUUAUGUAAUAUAGAUUUGCUAGCCGAUAACUGACUAAUCUGUAGGUUGAGUGGAUUUCCAAAAUCAACUGUAGGCUCUUUACCAAUGCGAAGACAGAUAGUGAGUACAAUGUUUAAUGCAUGUAACAUUCAGUCUUUUGUAGCUUUACAGUGUUCAGUUGGUCUUUGAGUCACUUCAGAAAAUGGGUUUAAGGUUUUAAUGGUGUAAUUUGGGUAGACUGUUUAGUUGCUACCUCUGGUAUUGCUGGCUUAUUAUCCAGGCCCCAGUUGUUGGCAAGGUGGAUAAUGCUUUCAACUCUGACAAAAUCUAUCCAGUGGAUAGCGAAAUUGGUUUCUAUAUUGCUUUUAACUAAGUUAAAUUUUAUCGGCUGUCAAUGCAGCUGUUGCCUUUGACCCGAUUUAUUUUUAUAGAUAGAUGUUAUUUUUUUUUAUUUAAUUAGCUGCUAUUGAGAUAUUAAUUAAUUAAUUUUUCUUUUAUAUUGUCAAACACUUUUAUCAUGAGCCCAUGGCUCGGGGGAUUGGGAGACCACCCCCUGUGUAUCUGACAUUAAAUAAAUUAUCUUAUCUUAUGCUUGUCCAGUGGAUAGUGAUUUUUCCAGUGGAUAGUGCUAUCCAUCAUUAUAACAACCUGUCCUAGUUCUGUUGAUGUAGUUGUUAUUGACGAUCACAACUAUAAAAAAACUAUUAUUCUGUUUUCUUUUGCAGUUAUACAAACAGAAUGUACACAGUGUUGUGGCUGACUUCAUCCCACUGAUAAUGAACACAAUCAUUCUGCAGCCGUCCCUUACUGCAAGGUGAGAACUGAAGAAAUGCGGGUUGACAUUAAUUUUGUGACAAGUUAUGAAGCACUAGAUGUUCAUUACAUUUGUUGUGUCAAACCUGGACUAUUGUAAACAAAUUUUCAAUUUCCAGGAAAUCUCCAACUUUCAAUAAAGAAGUGUAUGUAGACUUUGUUGCGGCACAGAUCAAGACACUAUCUUUCCUAGCGUACAUUAUCAGGAUUUAUCAAGACAUGGUCAAUACCUACUCACAGAACAUGGUUGGUGGAAUGCUGGGUCUUUUGCGGUACUGUCCACAAGAAGUCGCCCAUCUGAGAAAGGAGUUACUGAUUGCAGCCCGACACAUUUUGGCUACAGAUCUAAGAAAUAGUAAGUGGAAGGAUAAGUGAUAAUUUUGAAUGUUUGAUGCAGUGNUCAAACACUUUUAUCAUGAGCCCAUGGCUCGGGGGAUUGGGAGACCACCCCCUGUGUAUCUGACAUUAAAUAAAUUAUCUUAUCUUAUGCUUGUCCAGUGGAUAGUGAUUUUUCCAGUGGAUAGUGCUAUCCAUCAUUAUAACAACCUGUCCUAGUUCUGUUGAUGUAGUUGUUAUUGACGAUCACAACUAUAAAAAAACUAUUAUUCUGUUUUCUUUUGCAGUUAUACAAACAGAAUGUACACAGUGUUGUGGCUGACUUCAUCCCACUGAUAAUGAACACAAUCAUUCUGCAGCCGUCCCUUACUGCAAGGUGAGAACUGAAGAAAUGCGGGUUGACAUUAAUUUUGUGACAAGUUAUGAAGCACUAGAUGUUCAUUACAUUUGUUGUGUCAAACCUGGACUAUUGUAAACAAAUUUUCAAUUUCCAGGAAAUCUCCAACUUUCAAUAAAGAAGUGUAUGUAGACUUUGUUGCGGCACAGAUCAAGACACUAUCUUUCCUAGCGUACAUUAUCAGGAUUUAUCAAGACAUGGUCAAUACCUACUCACAGAACAUGGUUGGUGGAAUGCUGGGUCUUUUGCGGUACUGUCCACAAGAAGUCGCCCAUCUGAGAAAGGAGUUACUGAUUGCAGCCCGACACAUUUUGGCUACAGAUCUAAGAAAUAGUAAGUGGAAGGAUAAGUGAUAAUUUUGAAUGUUUGAUGCAGUGGUAAUUCUGGGAUUUUGAUUGGGUGAGAGGUCGGUGCAAGUAGGGUAAAGCAGAAUGGGUAGGAAAUUAGUCAUCAGACCGUCCAACUAUCCCGAUUUUGUCGGGAUUCUCCCGGUUUGGCUUGAAAAUCUCGAAUGCCAACCAAUAUACAAUGGGGAUGGGUAAUCUCAAUUUUGAUAUUUGAUCUGAUAUUUUUCAGAUGAAUUCUUAUGAUGUUCAUACAUGAACAUCUAACAGAGUGUACUUGACUAAAAUUGGUGUCCAGGAAACUUAGAAAAACGCACAAAAUAUAAAUUAAAUUUGAGUAUUUAUACAAGAAGACAUGUAAAUAAAAAUAAGCAAAAAAAAUGGCAAUCGAUUUGUGCAAUUUAGCGAACAUUUAAGACCAAAUCGUCCUCUCAGAACGCUGAAAAUGGCUUUUUAGAGCAUCAAGAUUUCAAAAUUUUUUAAGGGGAAAACCCCCCAGGCCCCCCUACCAGCUCAGCCAGUGAUUCAUCAGUGAUUAAAAAAUUUCCUGAUUUUACAUGUAAUUACUCAAAGGUUGGACUUAUAGUAGGGGCCAGGGAUUUUGAUGAUACAAGAUAAUGAGGCAUCCUUCGCUGUUUUCCCCAUUUUCACUCUUACUUUCUAAAGUUUAAAACUGAGUUCCUUCUGCUGCACAAAACAGAAGCAAAGAACCACUGAACAAUAACAAAGAAUAACACAGGAUGGAAGCAUCAUAAAUCUAGGAUUGCAGCUACACAUGUCCAGUAGUAUGAAAGAAUACACACACUCAGAUGGUGGGCAUCAUCUGUUAAAAUCUUUCCAGCCUUUUAUCAAGUCAUUCCAUGCCUUUUCUACAGGAUUUGUUCCUCACAUUGACCAGUUGUUUGAUGAAGAAGUGUUAAUUGGAAAGGGCUGGACAACCAAGGAGUCAUUGCGUCCCUUAGCUUACAGCACUCUUGCUGACCUGGUCCACCAUGUGCGCACUCAUCUUCCACUCCCUCAUCUGUCAUUGGCUGUCCACAUGUUCUCUAAGAAUGUCCAUGAUGACUCACUUCCUGUCAGCAUUCAGACAAUGUCAUGCAAGGUAAAAUAUUUAUGCAAGUAAAGUAUGCAAGUCUCCAUGCUACACCUUAUUGCAGCAAACAUUCAGUAGAUUCACCCUGAUUGUUAUUGCCUCUGCCAUGGCAGACCAGAAUUUUAAGGCUAGUCGCUAGAACUAACUUUCAGUGCCUUGUCAAUGUUUUUAACUGGCGCUCAAGGAAUUAGUUUUGUUUAAUGUUUUGCGUUUUAUUUCAAGAAGAAACUUACCCCUUAAUUUGUCGAAGUUUUUAAUCUCCACAGAAAAUAAUAUUUCUAAAAAAAAGAAAAUCUUACAAGUAUUGACUGUUUACAUUGUACUGGUGAACGAAAUCACUGCUGUCGGAAGGUUUGAACACUUUUGUUCUGAAGUGACCUGUUAUGAGCAACAUGGCGGCGAGCUUUGCACGUAACUGCUUGCUAAGGCUUUGUACGUGGAAAGGUGGUCGCAUUACAGGAUGUUCAAUCCUCAAACUAAGAGAGCUAUCUAUUUAACAAAAAGUCCUUUUUAACUAAAAUGCCUAAGCUACAUGAUCUUUUAAUGCCUUUUUUACAUAGAUAUCUCAGUGACUUUUGCCUUCGUUCAUGAGUAUUAAAAAUGUCUUUGCUUUGUUUCUUUGUGUUUUGCUGUUAAGGAAAAAUUUUACAGACACUUCGUGAAACCAAACCAGUCACUGGUUGGCUCACGUAUAAAAAAGUUAAUUGGAUCCUGCACCACUGUUCUCAUCAAAAUCAUCAUUGCUAUUAAUUUUAUUGUCUGUUGGACUCUGUUGGAUAAUAAUUACCGGUAUUUUAAUAUUUUAUGCUUCUUUUCAAAUUUCUAGCUCCUUUUGAAUCUUGUGGAGUGUAUUAGACAGAAGAGUGAUGAACAGGGAACAGUAUGUACACUAUAAUGAUUUGAUGACACUGUUUGCUUGAUAAAUUGUGUUUCCUCUUUGGUUUUGAAGGUCUAUCUAAAAAUGACUUCUCAUCUUCUUGUGUUUUUUUUAGGGACGAGAAAUUCUUAUGCGAAUGUUAGAGGUGUUUGUGAGGAAAUUCCAGUCAAUUGCUAAGCACCAUGUCCCAGCUAUCUUCAACAGAUGGUAUGGAAACUUGAAACUGAAAUUUUCUCAACCACUACUGAGAAUAUUUACAUGUAUUGUGGUACUUUUAACAAAAUGGAGCACCAAAUUAAAUUUUGAGGGGGGCAUGUAAUGGUCAUUAAUUUGCUUCCAUCUGUUGUGUUUAUUCGAGUUUAUACUACGGUACUUGCUGGUCAGUAGUCCCCCAUUCUUUCUUGCUGUCUUUAAAUUGUUGACUGCAAAAUAAAUGGAUUUUGUAGCCCACAGAUGAGUGAGCUUCAAGCACAACAACCAGCAGCUCAACAAUCCAGCUCUAAUCCAACUACAUCUUCUUCUGCUAAUACCAGCAGCACAGCUUCUGAGCGCAGCUCUUCAUCAAGUGCCACUGCAGCCUCAGGAGCAUCAAGCUCAACAACAAACGGUGAAUCACAGUCCACAGAGAAGCAGGAACAAGAACCUGUCAAGGUAAAGGGGAUAUUCCUUUAGUCCUGCUAAAUUCAGUUUUAGAUUAAUUUAUUUAAUUAUACAGAGGGCCACAAGUUUGGAAAGGGCGUUUAGCUAUUUAGUGUUACCCUCACUAAAUCAACUCACUAAAUCAAGUGUCUACUUACUUGCUUAACUUAACUUACUUACUGUACUUGUACUUACUGACUGACUGACUUACUUUCCUCACGUACUUAUACCUGCCAACUUUUUCUGAGAUAUAAGCAUGAGAUUUUUAUCCUGGGAGUGCUGGGAUUUUUGAAGACGACACGAUCAUUUCCGAAGAUUUCCGAAGAAGUCCGAGGUCUUCCGAAUAAUUCCGAAGACUUCCGAAGACGUCCGAAGUCUGCCGAAGGCAAAGUUAUCGAGUCCCAGUCUUAGGACGCGUAUAAACGCGAGCUCGCUCCCAGUGCUUUUCACUUCAAAAAUCAGAGAUCGCGAGGAAGGUAUUGUCAUUUAUUCAUUUUACACAUGGUUUUACAUGGGUCUGAGUUAACAUAUUUUUGGGAAUUGUGUCAAGCAAGACGGCAACAACUCACAUUUUUCAAUCAGGCGUGAGAAAUUGGCCCGCAAGCGUGAGCCGGCGUGAGAUCGAAGUUUUUAACCCGCAGGCGUGAGACUCACCCCUAAGGCGUGAGAGUUGGCAGGUAUACAUACUGUCUUACUGUCAAAUAAUAUUAUUUCAUCACUCUGGUGAAAGCAUACUUGGCACAGAAGCUCUUAGGGCAAAAUAUUUAAAUGUAGUUUAGCCAGUUUUAAACAAAACUGCUUUCUAAGUCAUUUUCAAUUUGCUCAACGACUUUAUCUAAACAUCAUUUAUUGAGGGCAGUUUCAUGAAAGCAUGUAGAGAAGUCUAGAAAAGCAUUUAUCUUCCUAAAACAACCCACCAAAGAAGAGAUCUGGAGGUACCAAGUUUCGGUAAAACAUGGCUUAAGAAACAUUUGGCUCUUAGUGUUUCAAAAGGAGUCUUAUGGAGAAUAUUUUUAUGUCUGUCUUAAUUCGAUAAUUAUUUAAUUUCUUACACAUCUUUGUUAGUUAUGUCAUACUCAUGGCUCUAUCAAAAUUAAUGAUAAAAUACAUACCAUAUGAUGAACUUAGCAAAUGGAUGUGUGUGUCAGUAAACAGCAAAGGUGCAGGGAAUUUCUCCCCAUCCCCACCCUCUUGAGUUUCCUUCUUGUACUCACACUUGCUCUCAGUUCACUUGUACUUGUUGUUCAACAUGUUCCUUUAAAAAACAGUAAAUGGCUGAACAAUGCCAUGAACAAUCUAAUCUCUUCCAAGUUGAGUGCCACGGCCUGAUCUUUUCUUUGAGAUUAAAAACAGCAAACUGACAUUCUGUAAAAGUGAAAAUUCAACCAAAGUAUACAAAGUCUGGGAAUUAUACUAACACAGCAUGGAGGUACUGAAGUCCUACGAUGUAUAUGAGUGGGAAUGGCAGAUGCAACUAUAACAAGUACAUGUAUCCACCACAAUGGUCACUUGAUCUGUGUGCAGGCCCCAGUGGUGGGAGAGAUAAACAUUUUUCCACUUAUUUUGUUCCACUCAGCCUGUGGAAACUUGUCGGUCAAAAAUUAGAUAAUAUAGAACAUUUGUCAACCUUAUUAACACAGCCACAUAAUUAUUGUAUUUUUUUUGGUUACAGAAAGCAGGAUCACCAAUAUCAGGUAAGGCACUUUUUCAACAUAAUCAGGCAGGUGCUACAGACUAUGUGUAUUAUCUUUCCUGCAUGUACAUCAGGGAUGUCACUAAGAUUUUGAGUUGCCAGGUAAAUACAACAAGUAGGCAUGGAAUCAAACAGCUGGAGAUUUUUUAAAAUUCUAUUUUCCUUCCAUUUUUUUUGCUGUGUUAGGCCAAUUCUAUGCUGAAAUCAUUACCUAGUACUUUUACCCGUACAGAAUGCUCUUACAUGUACACAAGAAGAUACCAAACAAAUUUCACUUUGAAAUAAUUUUAGCAGGCAUUAAAUCUGAAAAAGUUGGCCCGAAAUUUUCAAGCUUCAAUCCAUGUGCAUCCUUGUCAUCCAUUGCAAUAGACAACAGGAAACAGUUUCAAUGUCUAAAUAAUAAUAUAUUCUUAAAUAACAAAAGUUGACCAUUAUUUUUGGAAUUCAAUUGUUGUGAAAAAAGUUUAAGCUUUUUGAAAAGAUGGCAAAUACCAUGGCACAGCUCCCCAUAAUGACAGCCCUGAUGAUGGUUGCAGAGAAUACAAAUUACUGACUGAUGAUGACUUUUUUCUAAAAGCAUUUUUAAUGUUUGGAUUUUAAAGGUCCUAGUCCCACGACCACCUUCUCAGUUCCUGACUGCCGCAGUAUGGUGAAGACGCUUGUGUGUGGUGUCAAGACGAUCACUUGGGGUGCUGGUUCAUGCAAGCUGUCGGGAAGUGCAUGUAAGUAACAUAAUUACAGUAAAUGAUUAGUUAACUGUUGAUGAAGGGAGCAAAAAUAAGGAAGUGGUGAGAGCAACCUGCUCAUAAGAAAGUGCUGCUAAGGAGCUUUCAUUUGAAAUAGUGGUUACACCAUAAGAUUCAUUUUUCAUCCACACGUUCAAAAGAUAGAGCCACCUUGUAAUAAACAGCACCACUGACAGUACUGCACAGUAGCUUUGAUGCAAAAAGUCACACCAGAGAAAUUCAUCUAUACCCUUAAAAAUAAGAAAAAGUUACAGCAUAAUAAAUAUAACAUAGUCCUGAUAGUCCUGCUAAAAUAGCUUUUACUUAAAUUGUCACAAUUUCAGGUUUAAUUCAAUGACUAAUGAGUUUUAUACCACAUGUGCCUCGUUUUGUGUUUUCCUUUUAAUAUAGUAAUAUUUUUAUCAAAUGAUUCUGGGAAUUCUUAAUUUUUUUAUUUUAUUUUGCAGCUGGUGAUAUCAAUGCCCCAGCCCCAUCUCAAACAAAUAAAACAUUUCUUCCAUGGGAGACACAUCUUUUCACAAGGCUCCUGAAAUAUGGUGAGAGUUGUCGAGUUUUUUUUUAUUUGCAGACUAAGGUCUAUUUUGUGUCUCUGUAGGCUCUUAAAUUUGCAAAAAAAGUUAAGGCUCAGGGGCCAUUAAGGAGCUAGUGUGGAGUAAUUUUUUAGUUGUUUACCUACAACUUUUAUCGUUAGCUUUUAGCACUGAACCAGAUUUUUACGAGCUGGAAAAUAUUGUUGUUUGUUUAUCAGUGUGUGCUAAUGGUCUUGCCCUUGUUUUAUCAAUUUUUGAAUGAUUCAGCUUUACAAGCCCUAGACAUUUAUCAAGUGUCUGUGAAUCCUCAGACAGGACAGUACUACCUCAGACCUCCUAGGUAUGGGUAUUAAACAAGAUUGGAUUUCUUUUGCUGUUUUUCCUGUUAUUAUUAUUUUUAGUCUUGUGAAGCUUCUCUGCUGUUUAUUUACUAUUUAUGUUUGUGCCAAUUAUUUUUUCCAACCACUUGGAAACAUUUAAAAUGUGCACAUAAAUCAAGGGGGGUAUCUCGUAGCACUACCCAGGGAAAAAAAAGUCGGAAUGUCGAAACACACUGACUUUCUACACUCUUCUUGUUUCACAAAAUCUUUGUUGUUCAGAUUGACUAAUUGAGUCUAAUUUUCAAGGCAUUUUUUUGAGAUUAAUAAUGAAAAUGAAAUUUAUUUAUAAAUUAUCUUAACAAGUGAAUUCAAGAAGAUUAAAAUUAAUGGUAAAUGAAAACGACCCUAACAUCAUAUUUCACAUUUAACUGUUUUGUUUUUUGUUCUAUCAGCUCUCAACAAGUACGAAUGAAAGAAGAAAAAGAAAUCUUGGAACAUUUUGCAGGAGUUGUGAGUGUCUUUUUCCUUGUGAUUGCUUAAAUUCAUUGUUUGCUUUCAGUCAGUGUAAAAUCAAUAGUCCGCAGUCUGCAUUUUACACUGCCUUUUUUGCUAUGUGCAUGUUUAGGCUAUGACAAUAACCUGUUCUGUUUACUUGUUUUUUUUAAAAUUAGUUUACCAUGAUGAAUACAUCCACAUUUAAGGAAGUCUUUACAGCCAGUAUCAAGGUGCUGUACUUAAAUAAUAUUAUUAGUCUUAGUGUGACAAUAAUGAUAAUUUAUUAAUAUUUGGGGGUUUAAUUAGGUGUCACAUAUUCAUCAGACUUACAUUUCGUUUUUUUUUUCAGUAUCUGGUGGAAAGAAUUCACACAAACUAUGCACUUCAGGUGAGAGACAGUCAAUGAUUUUUUAAAAAAUACCAUAAAAUUCCGAAAAAAAGGCCAGGGGCUUAUAUUUUUCAAAGGCCUUUUUGAGGGGCUUAUUUUUGGAGGAUCUUAUAUUCGGAGGGGCUUAUCUACGGAGGGAAAUUUGUGUUUCAAAAUCGAUUGGGCUAGCCUUAUAGUUGGAAAUAAAUUUAUCGUUUUUGCUUUGUUUUACUUUGUAUUUGAGUGCAAUUUUCUAAGUACAAGCCCCUGGUGGGCUUAUAUUUGGAGGGGUGAUUUAACGGAGGGUUUUUUGCGUUACCAGUUUGGGGGGCUUAUAUUUGGAGGGGCUUAAACAUGGAGGGGCUUAUUUUCAGAAUUUUACAGAAGCUUAUAAUAAAUAUUUAUUUAGUCCAAGCCUUUUCAGUGAUAAGCUCUCAGUUUUGAGUAAUAUGAUCAUGAAAAUGAAUUAACAGAAUGGGUUUACUUGUAUUUAAUUAGUCGACCCUUAGUUUAAAAGUUAACUAUGAAUAAUAAUUUAUAUCAAGCUUCUGGGCCAAAAACUGACAAUUAAUUAUUAGUAUUAGCUAAUAUUAUUAGAAAAUGGGGCUAUGCCUUUAAGUAAAUCCAAGUAUUAACAGUAUAAUAAUUAUAAUUGUAACAUUUUGAAUAUACAGUUACUGUACUGAAAUUUGAUUUCUUUACAGAUUAUCCCCAACUCAUUUCUUGCAAACCCAAACACAUCAGCAACAUUUGCUACAAUCCUUGUGCGAUUUCUGCUAGACAGACUAGAUGAAAUGGGAAGUGAGUAGCACUUAUUUUUAUGUUCUAGAAAAUCAAAGAAUGUCUGGAGUAAAACCAAGAAAUGAAUUUUGGAGAUGUCAUUUUUGGGGCCAUGUAGAAAAUGUCCCCUUUUUGUUAGCCAGAAUCUGUGUCAACAUUAAGUGAGACACUUUGCUCAUAUGGGGCCUUUCUGAUGUUUUGCUAACUCAAAAAGGGAAAACUAAAGCUUUCUCUCCACUACUCCCUUGUGCAAUGGUGUGCCACUGUUUGAGCUCCUUGUAGAAAACAACUAACAACCCAACUUUGAAUGGAGGGGAAGGGAGAGGGGUGUGGAUUGGUUUGCUUUCAGAAGUUACCCCAUUUGAAGACAGUUUCUCAACGAUUUUGUUGCCAAUAAUAUUGUAGGAUUGACAUAAUAAUAAGCUUCGAAAGUAGGGCUAGCAGUAUUUUAAAAAUGACCUGUACAACUUAACUUUCAAGAAAGUUCAUGUCUAUUAACCCUUCCCAAAUUCCCAAAUGAUUUCCUCUUAAGGAUUAGUAUAAAAUCAUUUCUUAUUUGAAUGCCAGCUUGUAUUUUAGUGUAAAAUAAAAUAUAAAUAAUAUAAAAAUUAUAUAAAAUUAUAAUGAAAUAAAAUUAAUAAAACUAAUAUAAAAUUAUAAUGAUAUAUUUUUCACUUUCAGCUAACAUGGAGAGGUCCAACCUGUACCUCAAACUAUUCAAGCUUGUGUUUGGAUCAGUAUCUCUUUUUGCCUCUGAAAAUGAACAGAUGCUGAAGGUAAUUUUUUUGAUCAGAAAAAGGAGUUCUGAUGAAUGUUUUAUAAAGAACAUUCAUCCUAUUUGAAUUCUGGCCUAGGAACAGUUUAUGUCUAACAGCAUACAAUCGUGUAACUAAUGAAUUAAUUUGUCUUCUUCUAGUUCGUCUCUUAAGGGCUGUUUACAUGGAGGGAGGAAGAUUCUAGUACCAGGAAGAUCCUAGAGGGAGGAUCAUCCUAGCACCAUAUGUUUUCUGUAUUCAGUUUACAUGCAAAGGGUUGUACUUGUUCCUAGAGCUAGGAUCUUCCUAGCACUAGGAAGAUCCUAGGACCAUGUAAACUGCUUUUGCUAGGAAGAUCCUAGUACUAGGGACAAAUGCGACAAAAUGUUGACAGGUCAUUCAGUGGCUAAUCACAGCAAUAAAGGCUGACCAUUUCGUUUGGAGUAAUCCACGAGCAGAUUAUUGUGUUAAUUCAGCUGAAAGGUAGUGAUUUACGCCAGUAAAGAGAGCAGAAGGACCCAAAUUGCGUUUUUGAUUUUGUCGUCCGCCAUUUUUUAUCCCUUUUCUAACCUUCUCUACUUGGACAACUCACGGGCUCCCUCCUUGUAAACCCAACGUAAAGUUAUUCCACCUUCUAGGAUCUUCCUGGUACUAGGAUCUUCCUCCCUCCAUGUAAACAGCCCCUUAGUUGGCAUUGACAGCUGAUUAUUUUUACUUGCAGCCUCAUUUGCAUGAGAUUGUAAAUCGUUCCAUGGAACUUGCUUGUACAUCAAAGGAGCCAUACAAUUAUUUCUUACUGUUGAGAGCACUUUUUAGAUCCAUUGGUGGAGGUAAUUUUCCUGAAAUGUUCCAUAGAAUCUAUACAUACACCCACUGUAUAAUUAUGCCUCACCUCUCUGCAGUAAUCUGUUUUUCGCUUUAUCUUCACUGUGUUGUGUAUCAUGAGAUCUUCAAACUUUAGCUCUAAGAUUAUAAAUUUGUGUCUUUAACUUUGCAAUACCAAGUAGAACAUGUAACUUCUCUCUUUUCUAAAAUGGCACUUUAAAUAUAUUGGAUAAUGUUUGAAUAAAAAUUGUAUGGGAUAAUUGUACCAUUUCUGGUCUGAUAAUUUGCCGGUGUUCCUUAACUAGUUUUACUGCAUCAAUAACAGUUCUUCAUCACAAAGAAACUACAGUAUUAUUAAAGAGAAGCAUUGAACAAAGAUGAAAUUAUUUUUUCUCAUUAAUUUUCAGGAAGUCAUGAUCUUUUGUAUCAAGAGUUUUUGCCUCUCCUACCCAACUUGCUACAAGGUUAGUGUCUCAUUUCAUCUAGGCGCUAUGUAGCUGUGGUAGAAGUCUAGUAAUCACAUCAUUUAGAGGAUGAGGAUGAGGUUGAGACAUUAGUCUGUUGUAGUGUUACUGAAAUACAGUAGGAAAGUAUUCAAAACAAUAUGAAAGAAAACAGGCAAAAUAGAAAGCAAAAACAGGGGCCUUCUUCAUAGUUAUGUCAGUGGUCCACAUUCACCUUUGUCACUCCACUUAAUUGGUGGGUGGAGUGACUAAAACAUACAUAUUGAGUAGUCUACCACUUGUGCAUUAAACAUAGCUGUCUAAAUUUGGCCUUUGAUUUACAUUGAAAUGAUUGUCAAGCAUAUAAUGGCAUCAUAAGGGCAAAUUUUGGAAUUACCAUUUAUUAAAUUAAUGAACCCUUCUUAACUUUGCUUUCCAUUAAUUGCUUGCCUUUUGGUUUCUAAGGACUGAACAACCUUCAGAGUGGUAUCCAUCGUCAGUACAUGAAAGACUUAUUUGUUGAGUUGUGCCUCACAGUGCCUGUCAGGCUGAGGUAAGAUGGGAGCUUAGAUAAUGCUUUGGCCAGAGAUGAAUAGCAGCAACAAUGCCAACCAUCACACAUCAGCCUUGUGUUUAAAGAACAUAGUGUGCAUAUUGCAUUCUUUCUUACAUUUUUCAAGAACUAAAGAUGUAAUAAAUCAUCAGUAGUAACACUAAAAAAAAUUUCUUAUGGGAGCCCGGGAAAAUGAAUGUCAAAUUUUUACCAAAUUUCAUCUUACGCAUAAAAUUUUCAGAAUUUUACCUGAGUAAUCACAAUUCUUGUGAAAUUUGACAUUCAUUUUCUCGGACUUCCAUGAGAAAUUUUCUUUGGUGUUACUGCAGAUGAUUUAUCACAUCUUUAGCCCUUGAAAAAUGUAAAAAAGAAUGCAAUAUUGUUUAAAUUAUUCUGUUACAAGGCUUUUGUCCACUGAAAAUGAAAAUUACUCAAUUUCCUGAUGGAUUCCGUCUUAAUUCACGUUUCCUAUUUACAUUAUUGAAACCUAUAAACACAAGCAUGUAAAUGAGAUCCAGGUUGUUUUAAGAUUCCCUUUUUGUCAAAAAUGCUAAGUUGUAUGGAGUGUACUGGUAAGUAAUAGAUCAUUAAAGGUAUAACGGGCCAGCUCAAGAUUCCCAUUGAAAGCUGCUGAUUUUUUCCUUUUCAGCUCCUUGUUGCCAUACUUGCCUAUGCUGAUGGAUCCACUUGUUUCUGCUUUAAAUGGAUCCCAGACACUUGUUAGUCAGGUAUUAAAAACUUUUCUUGUUACCUGGGUCAGGGUUGUCACUAAGAUUUUAAGUUGUUGGGUAUUAAACAAUUACUCCUCAAGCCCAAACGGGCUAUUGACGCAGGACGAGAGGAGUAGGACGAGAGGAAUAAUAAUUUAUUGUUUUAGUAAAAUCCAACUAGAAUAUCGAGACAAAACAACUUUAGCUAGUUAAAGCUAGACUUUAAUCCUUUUUUUUGGUGCCAAAAAUGUGGUGCUUUACGCUACCAGUGGGCUAUAACAUGUAGCCUAGUAGUAGCUCAACCAAUCAGAAUGCAGCACUGAUAAUAGACCACUAGUUGGACUUUACCAAAUGCAAUUACUAGGCGAUGAAUCAAACAGCUUGGAAGUACUUGUGGUCCUAUUUUCCUUUUGUUUCCUAUGAAAGUGGCCUGGAGUUAUGUUGAUAUUAGCUGGGUGAAAUCCCUCUCCGUCGGCCCUUAGUAACACUAUGUUAAGUUCAGCUGGCAAACAAAAUGAUUGACUUUUCCUUUUUAACAUUGUAUGAUAACCAGGGCUUACGGACACUGGAGCUGUGUGUAGACAAUCUUCAACCUGACUUCCUGUACGACCACAUUCAACCAGUGAGGGCAGAACUUUUCCAAGUAAGUUGACUUUGAAGAUAAUAAUACUCUUUCACGCUGUUUAGUGAGCAUACUUAAGCUUAACUUUCGUUUUGAUAGUUCAAGUACUAGGACAAGAAAAGUCCUGUGUUUAGUGAAUAUCAAUGGAAAGUCAAUCACCAGCCCCUGUUAGUGUAAAAUUCCGACAAGCGACAUAAGACAGCAGCGACACAAAAGAUGAGUUUCAAAAAAGUGCAAAUACAAAGCAAAAUACUGACAGCAACAUGAAUCCUCCUCAAUAUGCGAAUUGACAGGUUUUGACAUUUACACUAGGGAAAUACAUACCCCCCCUCCCCCCGUAAGGGGGCCUUGAUCACAAACACAAGCACAAGAAAAGAAUAAAAAUUUGACCCUUGUUCUUAUACAUGUACAUGUUAAAAUCAAGGCCAGUUUUCAGGAUGAUAACGACUUUCUUAUGCUUAUGCUUGUGCUUGUGCUUUUGGGGCUAAUGAAAACCGGACUUGAACAAAACUUUAUUGAAUUCCAUUAAUAUCUUAACAUUUUUGCCACCAAAUGUUAUUUAUUCAGGCACUUUGGAAAACUCUUCGCAAUCCACAUGAUAGUAUUGCUCAUGUGGCCUUCAGGGUUUUGGGCAAAUUUGGUGGCGGUAACAGGAGAAUGCUCAAAGAGCCACAGAAGGUUGGUCCUGGGCAUAGUUUGGCCCAUAAAUCAGUUUCAGGUCCAAGAAUUAGAAGUGGAAACUGCAUUUUAUUUUAACUUUCUGCUUAAAAUUAUCCUUUCCUCUGGAGUGAAGUGCUCAUAAUUUCCAGCUCAAAAAAAAUCGUAUAGAUUUAAGCUUAAGGGCGUUCAAAUUUCCUAACAGCACCACAGUUUUCUAGGUUUAAUACAGCAAGUAAUGAGAUAGUUGAUAUAACGUGUUGUCAUGCCCUUUUUUGCAUGACCUAUGCAGUGUAAAUGCCUUACUUUGAAUUAAAAGAAAGUGUUUUUGCUUCUUAGCUAAGGUAUAACAGUGCAGAAACAUCAGGACCAUGCCUGUCAAUAUUUUAUCCAGAAAGCACCAAUCCUGUUUCACUUCCUGUUACUAUGGUAAGGCGAGUGUAAUCUUUAAAUGUAACAAAGUUAAAAGACAGCGCUAGAGCUGACUUUUUUCUUUUUACAGUGUAGUACAGUCAACUCUCUUUAAGACAGACGCCUUUGGAACCGGGAGUAAGUGUCCGUCUUAGAGAGAUAUCCGUCUUAUAGUGAGUCAACUAAACAAGUAAAGAAAGGCUGGGACAAACUUUAGGGGUCCGUUUUACAGAGUUGUUCUGUUUGUCUUAAGGAGGUGUCCGUAAGGAGAGAGUCGACUGUACAUGUAUUUGGAAGCAUGAUUCGUACCUAACAGUCAAAGAAAGUCGUCAAGAGUCAAAACCGUUGAAAGAGAAAGGAAGAAUUCUCUGGUUUGCAAACAGAGCCGUAAAUGUUUAAAGGACAGUGAUAAAUAUUGUCUGUUGCAGGUUAUUGAGAAAGCAUUGACAGUGCUGAAAACACUUCCACCAAAUAUGACGGUUAUUCCUCAGCAGUCUCCAAUGCAAAUCGACCACACUGUGUUUUACCGAGAACAGGCCUGGCUGGUUGUGCAGGUAAUGAUUAUAGAGACGUUACGAUUGGAUUACCUGCACGAGAUUGGGUUUACAGCACUCUGAUUGCUUAAACCCUUAGUUUUCAUUAACCUGUUCCAAGCAUUCAGAUUAUGGAGACAGUAGCCUGGUUACAGACGUCACCUGCUUCAAAUAGGAGAUGUCUGCAUGCAGUCUAGGGGAUUAUGCAAAGGGAUGUGAGCAGAAAAAAAUAGCGAGGGGUGUGGUAGGGUUUGAGUUUUCUUCUCUCUUCUUCAGUUCUUCCUCUCUUCCACGCAGGCUACCAUAUGACGAAUUGAAAACAAGGUUUUGAUUGUUUUGAACAUUUGAAACAGCUUUUGAAUACUGGUAUACGUAAUGUGAACAAAUUUGCAUGUAACGGUACAUGCCAAAAUCCUUGUAAGAUAUCCUUAAGUCAUGAGAGUUGGAACAUUCCAUCUUUUUUUUUACAGUCAUUUCUGAUCGCCAUGAUGUCACUGGAAGACACUGAAUCGAUUUUACAUCAAGUUUUGUCACACAGAAGGUAUUUCUUUCAUCAUUUCCACUUCAUAUGAUUAGCUUGCAAAUGUCGUUGCUGGCAUAUUUUUUACAGUAUUGUAAUCAAGCCUUUUAAAAUAUAUGAACAAUUUGUUGCACUCUGGCUUUUCCUCAGCUUUAGAACAGAAAAUCCUCCUACUGUAAACAAGACAGCUGUGCCACCGUGUAUUGAUGAGCUAUCCAAGAAGGUGUUUGAACAAGCUAUCACUGGGGUUUUGUGUAAGUAUCUUAAGGGUCUUGGAACAAUACCGAGCUUUUGAUGCCUUUUAUCACAAAAUAAUAAGUAAAUAAAAUCGGGUUAGAUUCAGUGUCCGAGCAAAAUGUAUGAGCCCUCAUUUUAUGAAGAAUUUGUUGAGUUUGAACCUUCAUAACUCUGUCUUUCACUACGAAACAAUAAAAGGUUGUAAACUUUGUGUAAACUGUUCUUUACAAUUCUUAACACAUUGGCAAAACUCAGCAUUAAAUAGUUUUGUCUGAUUCGUAUAUAUUUUGUAUUGUAUUGGUACAAGAUGGUGAUACAUAAGUGUUUUUCUUGUCAUCGUCCAUAAGUACACAAGACAUUCAUGGUGAUGAGUUCUUAAAUAAGUUGCACAUCAUGGUUAUUUUAGCUCUUCCUAUCAUUGCAGCACAUGUGGUUAACUAUUGUUACCUUACAGCCUAGUGGCUUCAGCUUCGAAUAAUGAGUGAAUUUUUUUUGGUCCUUGCGGAGUACAAAAAAGGUACCAUAGGUGUCGACUUUUUACAUAGAAUGUACGUGUUGUUUCUUCUACUCCUCUUUUUAUAACAGUGCAUUGGUGUUCCUCAUAGAGGUUUCACUGGACAUUUUGAGGCAAUCAUGGUUCUUGUUUUUUUGCCAAAUAAAAACACCGUUCAUUGUAUCAUUUGAUGUGAAAUGAAACCUGUAUCUCAAUGUAUAUUUUCUAUACACAAAUUAUGAAUAUCUCAAAAAUGAUCACAUCAGUCAGGAUUAUUAACCUAGCUUAACUCUUGCAUUGAAACUGUAUUUAUUUUGUUUUUCAUAUUGAUAGUGUCUGGUACUAUAAAGGAGCUGAAGGCAGCAGCAGUACCAUUUGUUUCACACCUUGUGCGACACUUCACCAUCGUGGGCGUGGUGCAACAAGCUGGGCCCUGUCCAAUAAAACCACAGGCUAGGUGAAUCAUAGCAAAUAGCGCUCGAAACUUCAGCUUCUCUAUCUCCCUAUGGUGGCCAAGCUACCUUGUCAACUCAGUUGAUAAAACAAGAUCUUUGAAUUUCUUUUCCCCACCGAAGCAACACCACAGUUUGUUUAGAAACUAAUCCCUUCAUUCAUCUCGCUCUGGAGCACCUGUUAAGGAAAGCGCUGCUGUUCGUUACUCAGUUCUUACAUGGAAGACGAGUUUGCUUCCGUUAGCUAUGUGUUGGUGUGUCUCAUUUCAAAAUUUUAACGGAAAUCUAUCAUUAAAUUCAUGUUACACCAAGGUACAGUUAACUUGGUGCUUUAGCUGUCGAUGGAUUGAAUACUGGUUUCCAGCUUAAUACCUUGGGCGUUAAAACCGUUUUUAGUUUGCCAUUUGUUUUCCAUGAGUGGGCGAAAUAUACUUUUAAUUAAUUUUAGCAUUUAAGAAUAAAAUAGGGUAGAGAACACACUUUACAACAAGAUAUUUGUAGCCGGUCACCCAUCCAGUUCCUAACCCCACCCUUCAGGGCUUAACUUGAGUUGUGCUAUGCACGCUGAGUUUUGUGAGCCUUUGCGAGACAUAUUCCUGUUUGCAUGUUAUUCAGUGUAUCAUAUAAUUGUUCUUUAAUCACAUAGGAACCGUAGAGGAAUGGAUAUUCAUGUCAUGGUAGAUGCAAUAGCAGCCGUGAUGGCCAUGGAGGACAAAGAAUUCUACAAAGUUGGUGAACUCGCAGUGGCUGUUAUGAUUGAAACUGCAUCUGCCAUAACCGGAGAUGGUUACAAGGUAAUAAGCCUUUCCAUGAAAUGAGGGUUGAUACCGAUCGGUCCUUGCCUCAAUACAGUAAAACGCCGCGAAGAAGAACCUAGAUGUUUUGAAGUUUGGCAAAAUAGAUUCUUAUAGUUUGGAGUACUUAUUGGAAGUUUAGGCUAAACAGGUUCUUAAUUUUUAUGAAGAAGGAUACUGUUGUUGAUUCCAAGAAAUUGCUAUAAAUGGUAUUUGUCCUUCAUAACAGGCAUUUAUUUACCAAAAAUCUAACAAAACUAGGUUAACAGCUAGAAGAUAUGCAGCUUUCAACGAUGGUUGUACACAUGAUACAUUUAUUAUAUAUGUCAAAAUGUUUUUGAAAGUGUAGUCUAACCCUACAUAUAAGAACCUGUUGAUUUUCUUGGCGAAACUGGUUCUUAUAUUUUGGACUAUUAAAAUGACAAAUUUCUGCCAGCACGUUCUUAAAUCCUAGGUUCUUCUUCGCGGCGUUUUACUGUAGUCCACAUAGCUCAAAAAAAGUUUGUGGUAGCUCUGUUGUAAUGUUGACUUGAAAAAGUUGACAGCAACGAUGUCUUGUCACUGAUUUCUCUAUUGGUUGCCUGGUUGUAACGUACAUGUUACAUAAAUUUAUGCCACGAUCACAGUUCAAUGAAAGUGAUUGACUUAAAAAAAGCAAAAAAGCUGUUGAAAGCAGAAAGCGUCCAGUGCAAGCCAGGAUUUGUUCUAGCUAAAUUUGUUUGCUGGAGCCUUGACAAUGUAUGCAUUUUUAUAGAAUGGGUUCAACUAACUUCAUAUUCAACAAAUCGAGGUCGUUAUAACAAGAAAGUGCUUUUGUUAAUUGAACUUAAUUGUGUCUUAAAAGAAAUGGAACAUGAAAAGUGAUUUGUGACUGUACUCGUAAUUUAUUUCUUUUUUAUUCUUGAAGGCUGCACGUCUGCCUUUGUUUGAGUACCUGUCAGAAAAACUAUGCGGAUGUUGUUACGAGAGGGCUUGGUUUGCCAAAAAUGGCGGGUAAGAUUUUAAAUUUAUUAUGCUAUAGUCCGCCGAAGACAGUUUAAAUGUGGUUUUCGUUUGUCUCAGAUACAUUACAAUAAUUCGAGAGAUUAAGUGCUUAUGUCUUUUGUAUAUAUUUUCUUAAGGUCAACAGUCGUGUUUAGUUUUAUGAAGUAAUGCUGGUGUUUUAUUUUUCAGAUGUACUGCCAUCAAUUUCCUGAUGAAGAGAAUGCCACUUCAGUGGGUUAUUGAACAUCAACUUAGCUUUAUCAAUGCCUUGUGCUUCGUC